AUUGCUCUAGAGGGUGGUUUUAGGCAGCUGCUGGAAAUCUUUGGUAGAGAGGGUUCCUGCAAGUGGCUGCUGAAUGCAUAACAUGCUGGACGCCAACAUGAAAAGCCCUCUGCGGGACUCCAAACCUCAGGUUGUAGAAGCAGGUUCAACAUUUAAAGGCACUACUGCUACUCCAGACCACGACCGGGUUAAAAGGCCUAUGAAUGCUUUUAUGGUGUGGUCUAGAGAAAAGAGGAAGAAAAUGCUUGCAGACCAUCCCAAGAUUCACAACUCUGAAAUCAGCAAAAGGUUGGGAGUAGAGUGGAAGCUUCUUGGUGAUGCAGAAAAGAAACCCUUCAUAGAUGAAUCAAAAAGACUGAGAGCUCAGCACAUGUCAGAGCAUCCAGAUUAUAAGUAUAAACCAAGGAGAAGGCAAAAGACUCUCCAGAAAAAGGACCACUAUUCUUUGCCUGGGAAUCUUAUGGCUUCAGAUGCAAACCCAUUAUCAAGCACUAUUGGGGUUGCACAAAGGACAGAUCCUUAUGGCCACUUGAACAGCUGGCCGAAUGGCCCUUAUGCUCUGAUGCAGGACCAACUUGGCUAUAUGCAGCACCCUGGGUUGAACAGUUCACAGGUUCAACCAAUGCACAGGUAUGACUUUAACAGCUUGCAUUAUAAUCACAUGAUGCCUUCUUCUCAGGCCUACAUGAACUCCUCAUUAUAUAAUGUAACCCCACCAUACAACCUGCAAAGCUCCGCUCCUAUGACCAUGGUGCCUGGGGCCAAAACUGAAUCCAGUUCUUCACCUCCUGCAAUAACCCCACACAUGCAAAGAGUCUGCUCUGGAGAUCUGAUGGGCAUGUACAUGCCUCUUGGUGGUGAUGAAGGGGACCAGUCUUCUCUCCAUAACAGCAGACUGCACAGCAUCCAUCAACACUUCCAAAGUGUGGAGAAUGGAAAUACAUUAACUUCACUUUAA